CCCCCCCCCCCGCUGCCGCUCUCAUCUGCAUCCUUCCCUCACUCAAAACUUUCCUCAUCUCUCUCCCUCUGAAACUUCUUUGCCAUGGCGUCCAGCGAAAACAUCAUUUACAGAGCAGGUGUGGACUUUGAGAGCCGGCCCAUGGUGGUGAUCUGUGCUUGCAACCUGCCGGAUCCCAAUGUCAUCGAUUAUGACACGAUUCUAAGCGUUGUUCUCGCUCAAUUGGAUCAGUUCGUUGAAAAUGACUACACUGUCGUGAUGUUUUCCGGAGGAGCAUUAUAUCGUCCUGGAUGGAAAUGGCUUUUCAAGGCAUACCGUAGUUUGAAUAGAAGAUACAAAAAGAAUUUGAAGGCGCUGUACGUUGUUCAUCCCUCAACUUGGCCAAGGCUCAUCCUGGGAACUAUGAACGCUGUUAUCAGCCCCAAGUUUAGCGCUAAGGUUCAUUUCAUCGACAACCUCUCUCAACUGGCACGAGUUGUGCCUCUCAACCAAAUCAAUAUUCCUGCAGCUGUCUACAAGCACAACCUGAAGUUCGAGGAUGCGAUAACACUUCCAGAAGAUCAGCAGGAUAACGCCCACAGAGUCUUUGGUGCAUCACUGGAGCGACUCAUGGGACCCAACGGCGAAAAAGGACUUCCGAAAGUGAUCCAGGACUGCAUUGGCAACCUCAUUGCGAAUGGACUCUACGUCGAGGGACUUUUCCGGCGCAGCCCUAGCUCCGCCAUGCUGAAGCAGGUCCGGGCCGCGUAUGACCGCGGCAACCCCGUUGAUCUCUCCGAAUACGAUGUCCACAUUUCGGCUGUGCUGCUGAAGCUCUUCCUGAGAGAACUGCCUGAGCCCAUUUUCCCAGUAUCGGUCUAUGCAAAGUUGCAGCAACAGAAGCGGGGAGAGCAGACGAAAACGGUUCUGGAAUUCAUCAGGACAGAGGUAAUCUUGGAGGUCACGCAUAUCAAUCUGGUGCUGAUGAUGGAGGUGUUUAGGCUACUCAAGAUGGUGGCAGACAGGCACGAGUCGAACAAGAUGACGGCGUACAACCUGGCGCUAGUCAUGACCCCCAACAUGGUGCGGCAUGACGACGUGAUGCAGGAGAUUGCGCUAUCGAGCGUUGCUGCACAUCUGCAGAGAGAGUCGAUCGUGGAAGGAGCCUUGACGCUCGGAACGGUGAUCAAGGUCAUGAUCGAGCAUUAUGAUGAAGUCUUUUGAACAAACGAGAUAGGCAUAUGCACAAAGGAAUCAAUAGAAAGCCAGCAACAUUGCAUUUUUGAUCCACAUGCGACUCUGUUCAUUGUCAAAAAAUAAAUCGUUUAUUGCCG